CAGACGCUUAGGUAGCAAGACAGUUCUCCUCAGUUAACAGAAGAGAUAGUAAGGCGAUGGCGACAAUCGUUGUGGUUGUGUUGGCUGCCAUUGUGGCCACGACGCUCGGCCAGAAUACUAACCCAGAUAUCUCACCUCCUGAAGUUGUAUUCGACUGCUCCGCCAGCAAACCACAAACCAUCAUCAGGACUAAUCUAACAGGCGGCUUUUCUGAACACAAGACGUGGCCCUGGAUGGCGUUGCUUGGCUACAGAAACAAUCAAAGUAUAUAUUGGCCUUGUGGAGGAAUCUUGAUCAAUGAACAGUGGGUUCUUGCCCAUGCACGCUGCUACUUUGAUUUGGUCGUCACGUUGGAUAGGCUUGUGGUUCGUCUAGGAGAAUAUGAUCAUGCCGAUAACUUAGACGGAGCAGUUCACCAAGACUUCUCUGCGGCGAAUGCCUCCUUUCAUCCUUCUUAUUUCCAUGUAUAUCCACGACACAGUCUGGUGCUCAUCAAGUUGAAUUCCACAGUCUCCUUUCAGAAGUUCAUCAGCCCAGUGUGA